AUGGUUCAGACCUGAUGCAAUGGUCACUGUAGUGGAAACUCUUCUGCCACUCAUUCUGAUCUGCAGUCAUGCUUUUGCAGAUUCAGUCAGCAGCAUCAUGGCAUCAAGAGGAGACCGGGUCAAUCUCACAUGCAGUACGCCAAAUAUACGAAUAACACAAGUCAACUGGUCCAGAGGAAAAUACCAUUAUGCAUUUAACGACAACAAAACAUCAUCAAAUUUCAGUGACACAUUUGUUAUAGACCCAAAAUUUCCACCAAGUUUAAGUAUUUUGGAUUUUCAACAAAAUGACACUGGAAUCUAUAAAUGUGUUGUAACUAACAAAAAAGGUCUAGAAACUACCAUCUGGAACGUAACGCUGACAGAAAAGGAUCAGACUAAAGGAGUAAGCGUGAUUUUAUUGUCUGGAAUCUUCAUAUACAUCUCAACUAUGGGCGGAUUACUCAUUUGUUCUUCAGCUGUUUGUCUCUGUAUAUUUUGGAGAACAUCAAACCAACACGAGGGGCAGAGUCAGACAGAUGGGGCUUUGCAGACAGCCAUGCAGUCGGGAGAACAGGGCAGACCACUGGAUGGCGCUGUUGAUCAAUAUGUAGAGAGAGUGAACUCCAUCUAUGAACUGUGAUAAAAGAUUUAAUAAUAGUUACAAAAAAACAAAAAAAAAACAAAC